AUGGGGGAGGCGCCCAGCCCCGCGCCCGCGCCCGCGCUCUGGGACUGGGGCUACCUGGACCGCUGCUUCGCCCGCCACCGCGUCUGCAUCUCCUUCGGCCUGUGGAUCUGCGCCUCCUCCUGCUGGAUCGCCGCCCACGCGCUGCUUCUGUAUCUGAGAUGUGUGAAGAAUUCCGGACGGGACCAGUCGGCACUGUGCGCUGCGUGCUGCCUCCUGACCAGUCUGUGUGAUGCAGUUGGGGCAAUUCUGGCCAAACAGCUCACAAUCCAGGUUUUCACUGGUGCCUACCUAGCAGCGGUUGACUUGGUGAACUUUGUGUUCAUUCUCUUCCCAGUCUGUGGCUCCAAAUCCAGUUCUCAUUCUGGGAGCAGCUGCCAGGAGAGGAAGAGGAGGAGGAGGCUCAGGACUGGUGUGUUUGCUCUGGCCCUGCCGCUGAGCCUGGGUCCAGGCUGGGCUCUCUGGGUCGGUGUUCCGAAGGCUUCAAGCCCCAUCCGUGGGCCACAGCGGAGGCUUCUGGGAAACCUGCUGCAGGAUAAUACAGAAAUCCUUGGCUAUCUGCUGGGUGGCAUUGCUGCCCUUGGCUCCUGGGCUUCCCGGAUCCCCCCACUCUCCAAAAUCUGCCAGGGUAAGGCAUUUCCCGCCAUCCACCUGUGGACCCGACUCCUGUCAGCCCUGGCUGGCCUCCUCUACGCCUCGGCCAUCGUGGCCCAUGACCGGCGCCCUGAGUACCUGCUUCGGGCCACACCCUGGUUCCUGACCUCCCUCGGCCGUGCUGCGCUGGACCUUGCCAUCAUUCUCCUUUCCUGGGUGAUGAAGAGCAAAGCGAGGCGGACCUUGGGGUUUACCUCUGAAGCCAGAGAGAGCCCCGACACUCAAGCCCUUUUGACAUGUGCAGAGAAAGAGGAAGAACAUCCCGAGGCGAGCAAUGAGAAUUCAGAUUGGGUGCCUCUCACCACACUACCACACUGCAAGCCACUCAGGACAAUGGCAGCCAUCAGUCGCUACAUGGAGCUGACAAUUGAACCUGUGCAGCAGGCAGGAUGCAGUGCCACCAGGCUGCCUGGCGACGGACAGAUGAGCACUGGAGAUGCGCCCCUGCAGGAGCCCCCCUCAUACCCUCCGGUUCAGGUCAUCCGGGCCCGUGUGUCUUCCAGCAGUGAUUCCGAGGCCUCCUCCAUCAACUCCGACCUCGAGCAGAAGUAUUGGGAAGCCCUAAACUCGGAGCAGUGGGACCCUGAAGAUGUAAACCUUGAAAUGAACAAAAACAACAUAGAGAUGCUCAGAUCCCAGGUGCACAGAUUCUCUAUGAGGUCAGUGGACUUGCCUUCCGAUGAGUAGUGCCUUCUGGAGCCAGCCCAUCAACUCAAGGCCAAUAUCAAGCAUUUGUCAAGGACUGAGCAGGGAUUCAUUUCAGCUUCUGCAGAGACUGCCUAUGAAAGCGAGGAACCAGAAGUUGUCACUGAGUUUGGCUAGUCUGCAUCAUGGCUCAGAAUGCAGCUAAGACUUUGUAUUGUGUGGACAGACCUGGACAUGCCGAGUUUGUUCCAAAGAUUAUAAGUCCACAACCACUCUUGCUUACAAUAAUACAAACUUUCAUCCAAAGGAAAAUGGACCCUCGUUUCCCUCUGCCUAUAGAUUCAGCCAAAGUCUGAAUAUCUACUAGGUCCCAGAAAUGGUUUCAUUACUAAGAGCUAAUGUGUUUGGAUCUCAGCAGAGCCCUGUUUUGCAAGACCUGGCUAAGCCCAGGAAAUGAAACUAGUGGGCCCACACAUGGGGGUCUGGGACAUACUCAGAGGUUCUGAUGGGACUUAACAACUGCCCUCCCGUCACCCACUCAGAUUUUCAUCUGGAAGGUAGAGCUUGGACUGGUUGGUUAAUCAGAAGUUUGUGAGAUCACCGGUACUGCACGGGCAAGCAAAGCAAAUCAUCCUAGGUACCAGGACUUACUCCGUCCUGGCAAGGUAUGUGCCGAGGGAAUCAGGUGUGGACUGACUCUACAGGAAGUAAAUGAGAGCAUGCAGAGUGUAAGAGGCAUGGCAGGGGGUGUUACAUUUAAGGACAAUAAUCCCAUUUUAGGACUAUUUUGAUGCUGUGAUGAUGGGGAAGGGGGAGGAUGCAAGGAGUGGGACUAGGGUGGGCAGAACACUAGAGUGAAUAAAUCCUGAUUGAGUGAAUUAAAGUAUCUCAUUGUGGAGCACAGAGCUAUAUAUGAAUCCCAGCAUAAUCACAGAAGUCUGCCACCAGGGGAACUGGGAGAAAUGCCAAGAAACACAGUUGUGCUCCUGGCUGGCCCCUGGCAGCCUGUAUGACUCAGCUGCAGCUGCCCAGCUUCUCCUAUGAGGGAGUGCAAGUCCCAGCAGCAUGAUGAAGAGGGUGCCUCGGGGAAAUGGGUUGGUUCUACAGGUCUCUGCAGAGAUCUUAAUCUCCUGGGUGACCCCUGAGUUAGCAGUGAACUUAAGCCACCUCAUUUCUACCCUUUAUCCAACUGCUUUGGUCCCCAGCUAUCUUGUAAUGAAUUUGCUACAGUCAAUUUUGUAUUGUAAUCUUAAUUACUGAAGCUAUAUUUUGAGGGAAAAUGAAGAUUUGGAUGAGGUGGGGUGGGAGGCAUUCCAACAGUUUAAACUGUACAGAGGAUUGAAAGCAAGGAAGGAUAGAAUCUAGACAAGGAAGGAGCAAUCUGACAUGUCCAGACUGAAGGGUGAGGUAUGGGCUCUAGAGGGCAUGAAGAGGCUAGAAAGAACCAGACUGUGGGCACUACAGAGCUGGUACUUAAUUCGGUGGUUAAUUGGUAGUCCUGGAAGAUACAUGAGUAAGGUGACUGACAUGCUUCAUGUAGGUGACAGCUGAUUGGUUUCCAACCCAAAAGUUUACAGAAAGCAGAAAUGCGGUAUGGAUAUGGAUACAGUAUGAGCAUGGGGUCCAUGCUUGUCUGAGUGGCAACAGAAGGGCUGGAGAAAAGCUCAUCUUUAGAAAGGAAGAAGACGUGGGAAUCGGAUAACAUCUCUGGAAUCUGCCUUUAGCACAUCCUCUCUCAAUGAGAGGCUGACUCGUGCUGUGUGAGGCAUCAGAAAUUGGUUGGGUCUGAAGGAAAUGACCAUUCACCCCAGGACAUCAGAUGAUCUCACUGACUUUGAGCAGCAAGAACUACUUAAGCUCCAGAUGUUUCCUGUCCCCCUAGAUCCCAUCAUCUUAGUCUCUUCCUUCACAAACCAGAUCCCAUGAUCAUGUUCUAAGUUUGUCUCAGAGCUAAAUCCCAAGUCUCUUCUUCCAAAGUGAACUAUUAAACUGGGAAUUUUGGAAGCACGGUUUAGCCUCAUUGUUCAGUGGGAAUCUGCCUGUUAUGUAAAGCUCUGGAACUCUGGAGCCUUUGUGAAGAGGUAGCAACCAAAUGCCUUUCUCCUACAGUGCCCCUGCCCUGGGCCUCCACUGUAGCUUCAUCUCUUGCUGCUACUCAGAGGAUAAUGGGAGUUAUUUGCUCUGAAGACUCCCUGAACAGUGCCAAAGGUUUCCUACCCGGGGCAAAAGCUAGAGGACAAACUAAUCAUCCUCUCCUGUUCACUCACCUGGAGAUGCGAGAUGGUAUAAUAGCCCUAGCUAUGCUGCCCAUUUUCUGCAUGGCUUAGAGCAUGCUACUUAACUUUUGUGAAUUCCUGAGGCAGACUAAGAAUAAUACCUAUCAAGAAAGAUUGUUGUGAAGACUAAGUGAACUAACAUAUGAUACACGAAACACACAACACCUGACUCAAAUUCGACAAUGACGAGAGAGAGAUUAGUUUCCUUCCUCCGUGUACUUCACCAGAUAUGCACUGAAAGGUAUAUAUUUAUAAGGAGAGGAAAAGAUAAAGCAAAUGUGGCAAAAUGGGACCAGCUGGAGAAUCCAGAUGGAUAGUAUUAAAGAAGAAAGACAAGGUUGUUUUUAAAAGUUCACUGUCCCUAGCACUGGCGUCAGAGACGUGGUCACAGUGAAAUUGGAACCCUGUUGGUAGCAGCAGCCAAAAGAACUUAUGUUUACCCAAGGGCACACCCGAGGGGGCGAACCUUCACCUGCACAGGUGUGUGUCUGGACUGACCUCAGGCGGUGUCUGCAGCUUCCAUGGGUAUGUCCUGGUGUCUCUGAGGGUAAACUGGUGACUUAGGAAUCCAAGUCUUCAAAAGAAGUUGGAGAGCUGUUAGAAGUAGGGACAGCAGUGACUGGCUCUACAGGUAUACCCAUGGCUUCCUGGAGAGAUCACCGGCUGCUGAGACCAAUAGUACUGAGCGCUGAGAGAAGGGUGAAACCUCUGUGUGAGCCAUCAGGAAAUCUUUUUUCAACCAGCACCCACAGGUGACCUCAAUGACUGUUUAAGUACCAACACAGAAAACAUGGGAGAGAAGUGAGUGUGG